AUGGGCACUAUUUCAGUCGAUUUUUUUUGGGAUUCUGCAGACUGGCACUUGCCAAAUUGUACUAAUAACAAUAACAGCGAUAAUUUACUAUUCUAUAAUAAAGUAUUUAGUUUCAUAGGAUUUCAAAAUACUAAUAUCGCAUACAAGCCAUUACUAGUGUCCAUGUCAAAACACAUUAUACAGCUAGGAGGCAGUGUAUUUAAAUGGCCUGACUGCCAAAAGUUCGGUAAAUCGGAAAUAGAUGUAAACUAUUUUGUCACUAAUUACUCCCAAGGAUACAUAUAUAAGCCACUAGACAUUCCAGCAUCAAAACUUGCCACCCCUUUAUGGUUAUACUUCAGCUGUUUAGACAAAAGGAUAUAUCCUACCGAUUAUAUCCCCUUCUUCAGACCAAGCAAGUACUUCAAGCCUCUGCAAUUUAAAAGAUACGAUUACAAAAUAUGCCUAGCAGGUUUUACAGCUCUAAAACGCAUAAGGAAUACUAAUUACCUUGGUAGGGGCAAAUUCGACAUGCAAGUUCACCUGCAUUUUUUAAAGCAUGCUGGAAUCAAUUACUUCAGGUUAGCAGAAUCAUCGAAUGCAGAUUACAUUGUUUGCGGCAGGAGUACGAAUUUGAAAAAGUUGAAUUUGCAAACUGUGGACAAGCCUAUAGUUAGUGUGGAUUGGAUUUACACAAUGUAUAACACCGGGAGACAUGUGGAUGUUAAUUCUUAUAAUUUGAAUUUAUCAUUACACUCAGAUACGCACCAGAUAAACGAGCUACUUGGUGACUACAAAGUAUACAUUUCUCACAUGGCGAUACUUGCGCACAAAGAUUUACUCCAAUUAUGUAAACAGAUGGGUGCUAGCGAUGCAAAAGUUAUCAACCCAAUCAUUCUUCUCACGGAGGAAAUAGAAGUAUCUGACCGAGAAAUCGUGCUUAUUUGCCAUUCAAAUGGGGAAUAUCCUGAUCUUGACUAUGAUCCAAAUGUACAUCCCUCCUACGGCCUGGUGAAUUACAUAUCCACUAUUCCACAAGACGAAUAUGUCACAUAUAAUGUAUCCCUUGUCAACCCUGAAAGUAUAUACGAAGCAAAACUACUUGGUGUGUUGGAUGCAAGUCAACUAAUACAAAUUGACACUUAUAUUGAAAGUGUGAGGGUUGACAGGAGAUGCGCUACAGAUUCUGAUAUUACGAUUAAUGACAUGGCAAAUAGCGUAUCUUAUAGAUUUCACGACAUAUUUUGCGAAACAGGUUUGGAUAAUAUUGAACAUCACAGCUUCAUGAGGAUUGCUAGAGAUUAUCAGGAAAUAUCUGCACAGGCUGAAAUGCAAUAUCGCAAUGGAAAUACGUAA